CCAACGUCCUGCUGUAAAUUCUUCACCUCGUUCUGAGACUUUCCUGUUACUUUCUCCGCAGAGCUGAACCAGCCUUCACGUCCCAGCUUGUCUUAAUAAAUCUUCAACAUGUGGAUAUUUAACUUCAGCAGGUCUGAAGCACAUUGGCAGUGUCCUCCCUCAGACAGUAAGACAGAUGUUAGACCUGUCUCUCUCUCUCUGUGUCUAUUACUCUCUCUCUCUCUCUCUCGCUCUCUCAUUUUGUCUCAGCUACAGUACAAAUCCUGGCUUUCCUUCACAGCUCUAUUAGCCUGCUCUGCUCUACACAACUGCUCCACGCUCUGAGACACGCCGAGAAACAGACUCACACACACACACACACACACACACACACUUACAGUAUCAUCAUCACACAUCGACACACACACACCUCUCCUGGAGCUCCUGCAGAACCAGAGGAGGAGAAAAGAGGGUGGAAGAAUUUGGCCUCACGUCCUGCAGCUGCCUUCAAACUGCUGGGAUGAGGUGGUGGCUGGUGGUGGCCAGUCUGUGGCUGCUGGUGGUUCUGACCAUCCCAGAUACUCUGGCCAGGAACAGACCUCGCAACCAGGACGGUGAGACCCGCCGGACGAAGAGGAAGAGGGACGGACAGGGCCAUGGGCGGGGCAGAGCGGGGCGCCCCAGACCUCUGAAGAUCAGGCUGGUCCCUGGUCCCAGUGUGCCAGCAGAACCCAGAGAAAACCAAGGAAACACUCUGUUCCUGGAGUCCUAUAAGAACCUUCAGGAACAGCACUCCAGCUACAAUGUCAUCCCAGGUAAGCAGGGCCAGUGUGUGUACCAGGGUCUGACCAUGUUCGACCAGGCCGUCUGGUCUCCAAAGCCCUGUGUGACUUGUCUGUGUGCCCGAGGGAAGGUGGCUUGUGACGAGAUCACCUGUCCCACAGUGCACUGCCACUUCCCCUUCACCCCCGCUGGGGAGUGCUGCCCCGUCUGCAUGGAGCAAGACCCUGACCUCAGCCUUGACCUUUCUGGUGACUCCCCAGUUCCCAGUGACCCCAGUGAUCCCGUGACGCCGCUGACCCAGGAGGAGAUCCAGCGAAUCCUCUGGCGAGAGGAAGAGGAACACCGCGAGGAGGAGGAGCGGCUGAGGAAGAAGGAUGAGGCCAGGAAGAAGAGGAGGCAGCAGAGGAAGGAGCAGGCGGAGAGACAGAGAAAAAUUGUGGAGGAGAGGAGGAGGGAGGAGGAAGAGGCCCUGAGGCUGCAGGUGGAGAAAGAGGAGGAGGAGUGGAGGAGGCAGAUGGAAGAGAUGAGGAGGCAGGAGGAGGAGAGGAGGAGACAGGAAGAAGAAGACAGGAGGCGGAAGGAGGCGGCAGAGAAAGAAGCAAGGGAGAGGGAAAGGAAGCUAGAGGAGGAAAGGAGGAGGCAAGAGCAGAUACUGAGGGAAGAACUACUGGCUCUGGUGGAGGAGGAAGAGGAGCGGCAGGAGAAGGCAAAAGAGCGGCAGGAGGAGGCAGAGGAGGAGGAGGAGGAGGUGUGGCUGAGAGGAGAUGUAUUUCAGAUGCCUCCAAAACAACCUGAAGAACCUGAGGAACCAGACAUCCUCCCUGCUCCAAUCCCAAGACCUCCUGCUGCAACGGAGGACGAGCCGAAGGAAGUGGAGGCAGAAGUGGAGGAGGCAGAGGAGGAAGAGGAGGAGGAGGUGGUGGUAGUAGCGAACAGAGGAGGCCUCCCUCCAGGCUGUGACAUCUCUGAUGUCACUGUGACAUGUGAGAACGCCAAACUCAUCCACUUCCCUCCUCUGGCCAUCCCUGAGCUCAAAUCCCUCAGUCUGGAGGGCAACAGCAUCAGCAGCAUCCCAGCAGAAGCCUUCAAUGGCAUCCCCAACCUGGAAUGGAUCAACCUGAAGAAAAACAAACUCACCUCUGCCGGCAUUGAUGCUAAAGCCUUUAAAGGUCUGAAGAUGCUGAGGCGCCUUUACUUGGACGGGAACCUUCUAGAAACCGCGCCCUCUGACCUCCCCCCGACCCUGCAGGAGCUGAAGAUCAGUGAGAACAGACUGAGAGGGAUUGAUGAAAACAGCUUCCAAGAUCUGAGCAGCCUGGUGAUUCUGGAGCUGGAGGGAAAUCUGCUCAGUGAGGGGAACGUAGAUCCUUUGGCCUUCGCUCCCCUCAGCCAGCUCUCCUACCUCAGACUGGGAAGAAACCACUUCCGCACCAUACCACAGGGCCUUCCCGCUUCACUGCUGGAGCUGUACUUGGAGAACAACCUGAUUGAAGAAAUAUCAGAGACAGUUCUCAAUCAGACCAGAAAUCUGAAUGUGGUUUCUCUAAGACACAACAGGCUGGAUGAGAGCAGGAUCGCCCCGAUGGCCUGGAUCAACCACAGAAAUCUGGAGUCCAUCGACCUUUCCCAUAAUGACCUUUACCUGGUUCCAUCCUACCUGCCCAGAUCUCUGGUCCAUCUAGUGCUGGUGGGAAACAACAUAGAGAGGAUACCUGGUUACGUCUUUGCUCACAUGGACCCUGGUUUAGAGUACCUCUACCUCUCCUACAACAAACUGGAUGGGGAGGGAAUCGAACCAGAGUCGUUCUUCGGCACAUAUCACUCCAUGGUGGAACUGUGUCUGGAUCACAACCAGCUGCUCACUGUACCAUCUGGCAUCAACGAGAUGACCAAUCUGCACUUUCUCAGACUCAACAAUAACAGGAUCAGGAGUAUCCCUGAUGAAGGCAUUUGUGACCCGAACCACAGUGGAGACUCCACCCUGGUGGCGCUGAGGCUGGAAAACAACUACAUCGACCCCCAGAAGAUCUCACCGACAGCCUUCUCCUGUGUACGCUCCUCCUCAAGUGUGGUCUUAAAACCCCAGAAAACCAAGUGACUUGAGUCCACACAAAAAACAUAAAACUAAAAGACACUCACUAUCCCCAGAAAUGCAAGGGGUAAGCUUCUGGUUUUUAAUGUGCCAAGACAAGUCCAAGAUAAAUUUCCGCGCAAUACCUUCCCCCAAUGCUGUAUGUUACUGGAAUAACACUCAACAAAUAUUUAGAAAUUACUCUCACAAAGCCUCUCACAUUACAGUCUGACAUACAGGUCGAACAUGGAAAAUGCAAAUUUUAACAGUCUGCUGAUGUAAUUUGCCUUAUGGCAAAGUAUUGUCCCAUCGUGUCUUUGGACUGAAUUAUUAUAAGCUGCAUAAAAGUAAGAUUUUCUUUCCCUCUGGCCCUAAUACACUGUUUAAGGUCUGGUACAUUGUUUUGCACUGUCACCUGGCUCACCUUAAACGAAUGAAGGUGACAGAACACGUUCAGACUUCAAAAUCAAAGACAUCUGUCUCCUUUAGAAAGAUAUUAAACCCUCUAAAGUGGAAAGAAUUCCUACGCCAUACACAGUAAAAAUGAAAAUGCUAAUAAAGAAAUGGAAAGAAUUCCAUGAAGUGAGACCACAAGCCCAACACAUUAUUUUUAACAACCUCAGCACCUUCAUGUUCCAUUUCUCAGCUCAGUUUCUUCCAGUGCCUUCUUUCAUAAAAACUCUGACAUGGAGAGCAGUGUGAGUAGUGAAGUCGCAUGUGUGAUACACCCUUCAAGCUCUUUGUGUUUAAGUUUAAGAGAAGGUAAAAGGAUUAAGUUAAAGUGAGAGCUGCUGGAGAUAUGAUAAGAUCAGGAUAAAGAGAUGGAAACUGUAAUGACAUGUCUGCUUAUUUUCUGCAUCCUUUACAUUUUUGUUUACAUUCACACCUGAAGAAAGAAGCUAGAGGAAGUCUCAUUUUAUAGUUCAGCAUCCGAUUUCACGUCGAUGUCACAGGAUGUUUUUGAUUUUGUGUGAUCAGGCCAUAUUGUGCUUUAAAUGUGUCACUUCAGUUUGUUGUACAGAGUGACAAUGGACCACAUACAUACUUCAUAACUGGAGCUACAUCCACGUAACCUCUAUUUCGUCUUGUUUCUUAACUACAUAGGAGACUAAUAUAUGCAGUGGCUGUGUUUCUUUCGCUGCUGAGCAGGGAUCGUGGUGAGCAGAAGGUUUGCUUUAGAGUUUAAUGAGGAUGAGUACAUCCAUGUGGACUAUGUGGUCUGAGGAAACACAGUUACUGGGAGAACACUCAAACAAAUGCCUUUGACCUUCAAGUUCUCUCCAAGAACUCGGAAAAGAACUGCGUUGUGGGAGGAACCACUGGUUCCAGAGGUCUCUUCCCCCCCACUGGAAAUUUCCACUUCAAAACUUUCUUUCAGUGAUCUCCUCAGUGUUCCUCCCAUAUCAGAGUCUCCUGGAUAAUCUAACCAUACUAUAGGUGUAUGUUUACGCGUUGACUAACAGCCUGUGUUUCCUGAAUUGCAGUGUAUUAAUAGGUAAACAACAGCUUUGACAGUGAAUAAAAGAAAGCCUCUGCACCUUGGGAGAGUAGAUUAAGUAUGAGCAGGCUAGUUAUGCAUUAAAUGCUCUUUCGUUACUUACAGAUUGUAAUUUUGCUUUAAAUAGCAAUGACUUGGUGUACUGGAUGUAUGAGUCCAACAAUUUGAAAUUUAAGUUAAGAAAUGUUUUGUUACAAAUACCAGAAAUGUUUUGAAUAAUACAGUAUGCCCUUCACUUUGCUCUUGGCUGGCCAACAUGUCUAAAUUAUAUGACAAUCUAUUUGACGUGUAAACUAUCAUAUACACAGUUUUUAACAAUGUUAUGAUGCACAAUAAACUUCACUAUG